UAGGCUAAACAGUACACAAAAAGGCCAACAAAGGUCCUGGUUUUCCCCUCCUCCUCCUCCUCCUUCGUUUCUUUCAUGGACGAUUUAUUGUGGUUCUUCUCGUUAUCUACAUGUAUAAAGGCCCUUCUCAUACCUUCACACCGCAGCACGGAUUUUGAGCCCCCCCGCCAUUGGCUCGCCCUCACUUCCUCUCUCCCACUCUCUCGUUGGUACCUCGACAUCUCAAGCCCAUGGACCCUAGACUACCCCCCACUAUUCGCCUAUUUCUCCUUCCUUCUAUCCCUCCCCGCAUCUCUUAUCGAUCCCACCAUCACCGAUCUCAUCGCCGGCCAGAACUACGCCGCACCUUUGGCCGUCGUUUUUCUUCGCCUCUCCGUCUCCGCUGCCGACCUCUUUCUUCUAGCCGGGGCUGAUCGUCUCUCCCGUCGUCUACCCUAUUUCCGCCGUCGGAUGGUUCUUGUGCUCGUAGUCUGGUCUCCCGCGCUUCUGAUCGUGGAUCAUAUACACUUUCAGUAUAAUGGGUUUCUUUUAGGGAUUUUACUGAUUUCGCUAGGUUUUUUGGUGGAGGGAAGGGAUCUUGCUGGGGGGAUCGUGUUUGCUAUUCUGAUUUGUUCCAAACAUCUCUUCAUGGUAGCCGCGCCUUUGUACUUCGUGUAUUUGCUCCGGCAUUAUUGUAAUGGUGAGUGGAGUAGAGUGGUGGCUAGGUUUUUGAUGAUGGGCUUAGCGGUCGGGAUAGUCUUCCUCGCGACUUUUGGCCCGUUCGUGUACUACGGUCAGAUCCAACAGGUCUUCCAUCGCCUAUUCCCAUUUGGGAGGGGCUUAUGUCAUGCAUAUUGGGCUCCAAAUUUUUGGGUAUUUUAUAUAAUGCUUGACAAGGUGCUUGCUUUUAUUCUUGGCAAGCUGGGUUUCAGUAUUCAAACACCGAAGGCUUCUUUCACCGGUGGACUAGUUGGGGAUUCCUCUUCCUUUGCUGUCCUUCCCCAGGUAAACCCUAUUGCAACAUUUUUGCUUGUUCUUCUUGCCAUGUCACCUUGCCUCAUUAAGGCAUUUAUAAGGCCGCAGCCGAAACACAUAGUCAGAUGGGUGGCUUAUACCUUCACCUGUGGGUUUAUGUUUGGGUGGCAUGUUCACGAGAAAGCUUCUCUCCAUUUCACAAUCCCUCUUGGUAUCAUUGCUGUGGAUAGUCUGGCGGAUGCGCGACACUAUUUCUUAUUGUCAAUAGUGUCCUGCUACUCCAUGUUCCCACUGUUGUUUGAGCCUCAGGAGUAUCCAAUAAAAGUUCUGUUACUGGUCAUGUCCUCAGUCCUCAUGUUCGUGAGCUUUUCUUCCCAUUUUAGAAAAGCUACUAAACGACCAGAGAGAAAGAAAGUUGAAGGAUCUGGCAAUGGAAGCGGUUUAGUUGGACCCGUUGCUGCCUGUUAUCUUCUAGGGUUUUUGUGCGUUGAAAUUUGGGGCCAGUUUCUUCACCCUUACAUUUAUGGUAGCAGAUUUCCCUUUCUUCCUCUGAUGCUGAUUUCUGUCUAUUGUGCCGUUGGGAUGAUGUACUCGUGGGCAUGGCAACUCAGGCAGAUCAUCAUAAACACCUGAUUGAUUCACUAACUUUAGGGUAUCAAUUUUGAUUUUUUUAAAAAAUUUAGCUGAAAGUUAUGAUAUCAUGCUUUUUGACAUGUUUCUUGAUUAGUUGAUUUUCUUAGUAAAGCGUCAAAAUAA